UACUCAGUAAAAUAAUGAAAAGUGUAUUGUCUAAAUUGAAACUCUAGUUGCAAUUUUCAUCAAAUUGUGGUUUCGUAAUCUAUUUGCCGCAACUUUUAAAACUCCUAUCCCAAAUCACUCUAUAAGAUGGCGCCACAAUACUCGACCAACCCCAUCGAGCCGAGUUGCAACAGAUGAAAAUCGCCCUGGAAAAUCGAUACCAGUCCCACGCACAAACCGGGACGUCAUGUGUAUAUAAUGGACGGCCCAAUUUGUCCAGACAAAUUAAUAAAUUUAAAAAUGCUGAUUUGUUCCUAUUAGGAGUUUUCUUGGAUCAAUAAUAACACUGGCAUUAUCAUUUUAUUAGAACAAGAUAAAUUAUUCUCAAAGAUGCUGGAAGGAACUGUAGCGAGAAUCUUAAAUCAGCUUCUGGGCAAGUACGUUCAAGAUUUGGAUACCGAAAAUCUUAACGUGGGCAUAUUUUCCGGAACCGUUCAGCUUACCGAUCUUAAAUUAAAACCCGAGGCUUUGUAUGAGCUUAACCUACCGAUAGAAGUAAAAAUAGGAACCAUUGGAAAGAUACAGAUUCAAAUACCAUGGAACGCCCUGUGGAAUCAGUCCGUCGUGGUUAAUAUUGAUGAUAUCCAUAUUAUUGCCAACCCCGUGGUGAGUAAUCAGGAGUUCGAUGCUGAGAAAAAUAAAAGGAUUGUUAGGGCAUUUAAGAAGAGAACUUUGGAGCUGUUAGAGAAUGAUGGAGGAGUAUUAGGAGGACCUUCAGCAUUCGCAGAACAUCUAGUAUCCCACAUUUUGAAUUAUGUCCAAUUGAAUAUAACGAACAUCCACAUUCGGUAUGAAGACGACCUUAGUUGGACCACACCAGUGGCUGCUGGAUUAUGUAUAGGUUCUAUUACUGCCCAAAGCACUAAUAGCAAAUGGAAGAGAAUCCCUUAUGAAGCGACCGUGGACACCAGCUACUAUCUAAUUAAAAUAGAAGCCACUUCCAUUUACUGGAACACCAAUAGCGCCCCAAAAAAGUGGGACUUACCAUCUCAGUAUUAUCAGUGGAGAAACUCUAUGGUCAAGAGCUUACAAAACUACUGUUAUGAGGGAGAAAGUUUCAAAUUUGUUCUUAGUCCACUAAUAUCCAAAAUAAAAAUGACCAUCAGUAAAUCGAACACUGGUCAUGUAGCAGACAUAAAUACAGAUAUAGUGAUCCAAGACUGUAACGUACAAAUCUCAAAGGACCAAUAUGACUCCAUUAUGGCUAUAAUAAGUAAUUUCGACAGGAUGCUCAUCAGCUGGCAGUACUUCUCCAAGAGACCCCAAAAACGUAUAUUAGAGGAUCAGAAGGCGUGGUGGAGAUAUGCUUGCUGGGCCACAAUAGAACAGCGCAUCAAGCCACUCACUUGGAGUAGAAUUAAGCUUGUGAGAUCGCAGUAUAAGCAGUACAUGGAAACUUAUAAGCAAAUUAUUGUAAACCCCAACGACACUGAACUGAGAAUGGAUCUGCAGAAACAUGAAGACAAUUUAUCAGUUAUUAAUGUGGUUAUUGCUAGGCAGCAUACACGACUACUGAUGCGAUCAAAGAGCCAAAGUGAAAAAAGUUUCUGGUCAAUGCUGCCAUCUCCAGAAAAAAUCGUUCUUUGUCAAAAGAUUGGAUAUUACGACCAAGACGAGAAUCCGCGCCUGAUUAGUCACUUAUUUACAUUUAAGCUAGGAAACUUAAAUGUUACUUUGACCAGUGAUUCCAGGGAAGUUGUGGUGGCGACCAUAACCCAAACGUUGGUAUCAGCAAAGCCAAACUUUCUGGAUAAAAUUUACCGGAUUUCCUUGAAAGUCGAAGGGCUUAUAGUGGAGGGAAAUGGGCCUAAUAACUGUUUGACCCCGAUGGUUUCUUCGGAACACCUAAAAGAUAGCCCUGCAUUCUUUUUUACUAUGAUUCUAGAAAAAUCGAAGGCGGAUGCUCGUAGCUUACAAAUGACUUUAAGUUCUGUGGAGUGCAUUUAUAAUAAGAAAAGCUUUCAAGAACUAGAAGCGUUUCUCCAAACCAGCAAACGUUCAGAAAGAAUUAAUUUAUUGAAAAGCUUAAGAUGCUUACCCAGUCUAAUCUAUAAAACCAUAACGAAAAUGAUUUCAGACAAGUGGGAGUUAAAUUUAAACUUAAAGUGUCCCUACUUUGUUAUACCUGAAUCGAGUUCCUGCAUUGUUCCUGAAGAACACGUAUUGGUAAUAGAUUUUGGAAAAUACUUUAUCAGAACAGAAAUAUGUCGACAGACCCAAGUAUCCGAAAGUACUACUAAGAUGGAGAUGGAAGAGCAGCUGUACUCCAAACUUCACAUAGAUUGUACAAAUCUACAAGUGCUGUUUUGCGAUAAACAUGAUCACUGGAAAGAAGCUCGAAACGAAAAAGACUCAGAAAUGCAUAUCGUGCCUAAAGCUGCUUUCAGUGCCAUUUAUGCACUAUCUGCUGUGAAUAUGGCUACUAUUCCAAGCCUUAAAUUCAACAUCGCUUGCACAUCACUGAAACUCAACGUUAGUGAACGUAAAAUCAGCUCUCUACUGAAGUUCUUUAAUGUAGAUCAGAUAAGGAUUAACGUAAUAACUGAAGCUAUGCAGCCGGAUAUUUAUAAGCAGGAUCGGAUAAGGGAAUAUAGAAAAAAUAAGAUCUUUAGACGAGUCAGAGAUCUGAUAAAUUUAGCAGACACUUACAAGUACAGGAAACAUAAAGUUGUAAAUGGAGAUGUUGAAAAACUUAGCAAAACGAAAAGUAUUGAUAACGAGAACCUCAAAAACAACAUGAACGAAGCUUGGGCAAGAACAAUAGAUUUACCAGGUUUGGAAGAUAAUAUCUCACCAAGCAAUAACAUCCAAAUUUUAUUUGGAGUUGUGGUCAACGAAUGUUCAAUGGUUUUCUCGAAAUCCAGCGACUCCACUGACCGACAGUACCUCAUGCUUCGCGUAGGUCAGUUCUCAAUGGACGUCGCUUUUAUGACCUUUGGUCCCGCAUACCAAAUGUCAAUCCACAGCAUCAUAUUAACAGAUAAGCUCCACACCACCUCUAGCGGACAAUAUCUGGAUUUGGUGUUUACUCCAUUGCCGAACACUGGGGAUGUUAUUACGGUACUUUACAGGAAAGUGAGUGCAAACUGCAGAGACUUUUGGAGUCAUUUUCAUGGAGUCGAAACGUCUUUGGUUGCCAAUUUUGGUACUCUUCACUUGCUGUUGCACCAGGAAGCUAUACAUACUUUGAUUAAAUAUUCGAAGUACUUGUCAAACAAAAUCAAAUACCAAACUUCUCCUUACCUGAAAACUUUGGUAAGAGAAUGUAUAGGAAGUAUCAACAAGACGUUGCAUAAGCCUUCUGAGGUGCCAGUACCACCUGGCUCGGUAAAGUUUUCACAGUCAGCAAGAAUGAGUGAUUUAAAUAUGGUAAUUUGUGAUGCCGACUAUGAUAUCGUCAGCAUACAAUUGUCAGGACUAGAGAUUGACUCACUGUUCAGAGCCAAUGAGAGAUUUGUAUUCAGAGGGUAUCUGGGCAGCAUCAAUGUUGAUCAUUUAAAUCAAGUUACUCUUUAUUCUAAGGUCCUCUAUACAGACGAGGAUAAAGUAUUUGAAGUGAAAUACGUAAGAAACGCUUCUCAUAUAAAAAACCAUGAAGUACUUAGCAAGCAAUAUGAAGAAACUUUUGAUGGUAGCUUCAAGUUUCAACUUGGUCGUAUUCAUUUCAUAUUUUUAUAUAAGCUCAUGGUUCAAUUACAGAGAUUUAUAAUGAACCUGGAAAUAAUAGAGUAUGUGGAGUCCUAUUUGAACUUAAUUAGAAGAACUGUCAAGGCAGCGACAGAUACACUUAAGAAUAAAACGAAAAUAAGUCUUGCCAUUGGUGUUUCUGGUCCUAUAAUACUUAUUCCUCAGAAAUCGUCUUCGCCUAAUGUUAUUUUGAUUGAUACUGGUAAUUUGAGAAUUGAAAAUUUCUUUAAAGAAUCUGAUAACCGAGUGGUUGAGAAUAUUCUGGUGAAGCUCAAAGAUGCUACUAUAACUAGAGGAGUCAUGGGUUUGAGAUCUUCUAUAGAAACACAAGAAACCUUAAUGGAGCCCUUAUGCAUUAACAUGGACGUUAAGAAGUUCACCAAUACCAAAACAUCUCAAAAGAAUUGGGAAAUCGACUCUAUAUUGGAAAAGAUAGAAGUCACCUUGGGACAAAAGGAUAUAGCUUUAAUGUUAUCAGUCUAUAACGAAAAUAUUGGUGAGGCUCAGCUAGUUGACCUGCUUCCAGAACAAAUCAGAUCUCCUAUAUCAGAAAUUUUUGAGCAAGAUGACAACGUUCGAGAAUUGGAGGCGUUCUUUUGUGAGCCUAAACAGAAAUUUCUGAAUGCCAAGUUUAAAAUUGAUGAGAUAAAAGUGACGCUAUUUUUCGAUGCCAGUGAACUAUUGAGCUCACCAAUCAGAGACUUAAACCACGGACUAUUUAAAUUAGAGAUAUAUGACAUUGAUAAUUCUUUAAUUAUAUAUACAGAUAAAAGCUCUGAUGGCAAGCUUUCUGUCGAUAAGAUUUUAGUUGAAGAAAUUGGACCAGAUGCUAAUAUCAACAGCAAAACAGUUUUAGGUGCUCCAGCAGAAGAUGGUAGAAACAAUAAUAUCUGCAAUAUUACCGUAAACAAACCGCCCAUCAUAGAUGUGAACUUUCAUCAAAACAAAAGCGGUGACAAAUCAGCCGAUAUUAUUGUCGGUAGAAUGUGCUUAUGCUUAUCAAUUCCUUUCUGUGAGAAGAUGGCCCUUUACAUUCUGGAAUGUUUACCAAACAACCUUCAGGAUAUCGGAAUAGUAAAUAAAGGAUAUGAAGCAGAAAUGACCAGUAGGGAACCAAAAAGACUUACCUCCAACAGCUUAACUAUAUCCUUAAGAGUUAACAAACCUGAGCUGAUGUUUCUGGUUGAAACUACUUCCAACAAAAAAAGGUACUUUAUAACUAAAAGCGAGAUAAUGGUCGACCUUUCAAGACAUCGUAACCGCCUAAACUUAAUAAUAUCCCUCUCAGGGCUUCACAAUCUCUUUUACGACCUGAGUGAAUACUCUGAUCAACCUUAUGUGGUUUUAAAACCUUGCGACGUCGAGCUUACUAAGAAUGUCGAGGAUUCCACUGAAAAAAUCGUCCUAAAUGUCUCAGGGGUUUAUGUAAAAGUUUGCUCUGAAGUGGUACAUUCACUGGAUGAUAUUAUAAAUGAUAUUGAAGAGCAUUUUAAAAUACCUGACAUGGAACUUGCUAGAAAUGUCAACAAAGUUGAAAAAACAAAUAUUACUGAGGUCAAUGAGGAACUGUGGAUGCCAAAGAAAAUGGACGCUUAUAUCGAUAAGGUUGAACCAGACUGCCCAAGGCUUCCGACUCACGUGUGCAACCAAGUACUGACCUUACCAAAGUUUGAAGCAGUACUCAUAUUAGAGCUGGAGAAGAUGCAAGCUUUACUGAUAAAAACCUCUAUAGAAAUCCAUGCUCAGGACUGGAACUACCUUUUAAAUUGUACAGCAGACAUUACAUUGCAAGCAAAUUAUUUUAAUGAAAACAUGCAGAGUUGGGAGCCAUUAAUUGAUCCAGUUUUGGUUGAAGAGAGUGACUAUAGGCCGUGGGGAUGUCAAGUUAAAAUAUUUGUGGAUAAAUCUCAACCAAUUAAUGAUAAGGAAGAAAAUCUACCAGUGCCAAAGAAACGCUCUUCCAGUAAUACGAAAAUGAAAAAAUCCUCCAGGUCCUACACCACCACAGAAAGUGAGGAUUCCGGCGAGGAUAUGAUUUACCUACUGCCUACAAAUCUGGUAAAUCAUACCACCAACAGGCGAGUAAAGACGAGCCUGAGUACUUUUUUGGAUGACUCUGAUAGUGAAAAUGAAGAGGGAACCAUGGAGAAACUUGCAGCUGCCAUAUCUGAUUUAUUUACUGGUGACUGGAAUGAAAACGAAGAUAGCGAAUGCGACCAUUCAAGCGAAGACGAAGAAGAAGAGAACCUAAUUUCGGUAAAUGAACGACCGAAACAGCAUCCUGAAGAGCACAAGUUUCACAGCUGUGUAUACUUUCUCGUUAAUGCUAAAGAUUGCUUAAAUCUGACCAUAACACCCGCAUUUCUUAGGCUUUUUAGCGAACUGAUGGCCCAAUACUCAAGCAAAAUCUUUUCCGUAAAAUCCUUACGGAAAACUAUAGAGGUGACCAACGAUAUAGGACCUCAAACAAAAGUGGAACUUUUUGAAAAAAACUCCGAAAAAGGUGGAAAAGAUGUUCUGAUCAAUGUAAAAAGAUUUGAGGCUGAAGAUUCCAUCCCAAAUAGCCCCACCAGGCAUCUGGUUUAUCACGAAAGCACUGCUCUGGAUGUUCAGCAACUAGAACUAGACCUUCUCGAACUAGACCGCGACUAUGAACAGGGAUACGAUUUUGCCACUGUAAGAAGCUUGAGGUUUCUUCAGGAGACAACCGCGUCCUUAUAUGACAAGAUCAACAAGAAUUACUUAAAGAUAUUUGUUCCGUUCUCCCUUCCGGUUCAGACAAAUUGCUCAAAGCGAAACUGGGAGAAGCUGGUAAAGCUCCAAAGUAUGAACAACAGUAGCAUCCCAACAGCAAAUUACUGUUUGGCAGUGAGACAUAGAGUGGGAAGACAUGGAAGGAGCAUCACGGUGUCUUCACCUCUUCAAAUUCACAACGAAACAUGUUUUGCAUUGAACAUCCUUUAUCAACCAUCAGUACUUCAGCAAAUGAAUGUGGAACCUGUAGGUGAUGUCACUAAUCCAUUUGAAACAACUAUGAGAAUAGCGAUUUUGGAACCUUAUGAGACUUAUAACGUACCUCUAUUUAUUGCUUACCAUUGUAAGCUUUUCAUACAACCUGCAUAUGCCGAAGGGCAUUAUGCAUCAGAAUCAGGUCUAUGGUGGAGAGAUAUGUCGAGAGAAAUGGAUGCCACCUAUAAUUUAAUUUGUAAGCCGAAAAACGAAUCUAAUUUGGAAAUAUUUGCUUUAAGAGUGACAAUGCAGAGAAAUCUGGAAAUUAGGAAUAAUUUUGCUCGUGCGGUGCCCAAUUACUUGAUUAAAUUGCUGCCUCCAUUGACGGUGCAGAACUUUUUGCCUUAUACCUUAGAGGUGGAAAAUGUCAGCUUAAAACAGGUGGUAAAAGCCGAUCCUGGUGAAAAAUGUAGCAUCUAUUCCCUUGACCUGUCACGAGAUGAAAAAUUCGCCAUCAAAAUGACCUACAAUAACAUUACGUGGAGUGGAACCCUAAACGUCACUGGCCAUUUAGAUGACAAACUGAUCCCAAUGCUCUCCGACCAAAAUCCAGCAUGCAAAACCGUCCACAUUAAUGUUAAGUGCGAAAGGGAUGGCACUUGCAAACUGAUCUUUUACUCCCCUUAUUGGAUUGUCAACAAAACGGGUCUACCAUUAAAAAUCAAGGCAUCCCAUGCUCAAAAUGUUCAAGAAUGCCCAAAUAAUGACAUCUUAUUGUUCACUUACAAGCGGCAUAGCAAGCAAAGCCUAAAUAUUAAGGUUCACGACUCGAUGUGGUCAAGUGACUUUACAGCAGAGUGCUCCGGUACCACUGGAUUGAUCAUUUGCAAGGAUAACGAGCGAAAUAAGAAAUAUAUGUUCUUUAUGAGCUCUAGCCUUAGUAACUUUUGCCCUAGACUGACCAAAAUAGUUACUUUGUCGCCUAGUUUCUUAGUUAGCAAUUAUACCAGAAAAUCGUUAAGGUUUAUGGAAGACAACGAAAGAACAGACCUCUGGAUUGACCUAGAACCAUGCCAAACAGUCACAUACUGGCCAGACACAGCAACUAUGAAAAUCUUCGUAAAAUACCGAGAAAGCAACUUGAUAUCUCAAGCGAUUGGCAUCUCAAAACCUCAAAGAACAGUACUAAGAAUGGACAAAGGAACAGCAAUAACAGUAGAAGUGACGGGAGGUACCUCAGGUCCUUUUUGUAUAACAUUUAACAAAUACAAGCCGGGAGAUUCUCCAGUUUUAAUUAGAAACUACUGCUCCGACUUGUAUUUGAAAAUUCAACAAAAAGACCAGAGCCACGUGAGCUUAGUAAAUCCUAACCAUUGCAUGUUGUAUACAUGGGAUAAUCCUGUAUUGCCUCGAGUGUUAGUUUGGAGUGUUUAUAAUAAUAAAGGAUCUGGUUUUACGUGGGAUAUUUAUAAGGAUGGCCAUGGUGAAGAAAGAAUCAAGUUUCAUUCGGUGUCUAAGAAUACAGAUGCCCAAGACUCAUCUUCCAGUGAGGAUUCUGAUAGUUCUGAUAGUACACCCAAUAAGUUGAAUAAGCAAGUCCGAAAGGAUAAAAUUGUUAUUUAUUGGGCUUGUUUUGUAGAUGGCCCCCAACGAAUUCUUCUAUUCACACAAGAACAAAGAAUAUACGAAAACAUUCUGGCCAACUAUUUCCACGAGCAUUGCAUAUUCGAGACCAUCUUAUCUGUAGCUGGACUGGGCCUCUCGGUGUUCACAUCAGAAAAUGACAAAAAAGAGCACAUGUACGCCAGCAUCUGUGACUCUCCGCCCAUUUGGGAGGUAAACGUGGGUCACAAAUGGAAAACGCUCACUUUAGAACUGGCCUCCUGGAUCGAGGACAAAUACAAACGGCACAACAACACGCACAAAAAAUGCCAAAUCAAAGACUACGUGCACAUCGAUUUCGAGAAGAUGUUCAUGCUCAAACCGUUCUUCGCCGAAAUUCGACGAACUUAUACCCCGGGACUAAACUGCCAUUUUAGGAAGUCACCUAGGUUUCAAUUUCUCGACUUUAAGUUGAAUUAUUUGCAAAUCGAUAAUAAACAUAGCAAUUGUAUCGUGCUACAACCAGUUUUCAAUAGCAACGAGUUACAGGACAAAUAUUGCCAUCAUCGGCCUUUGGUACGAAUAGAAGCCUUAAAGCAAACCGAAAUGGAAUUUGAUAGAAUAAGAUAUGUUAAAAUUAGUUUGAGAGAUAUUAGUUUAAAUAUAGAAAAUGAUUUGUGGACCAAACUCGGAGGCUGUUUAAAGGAAUGUAGGAAAUUAGGGAGAGAUUAUAGCUGUACAGGAGCCUUUGUGGUUGAUAUUUCCUCUAUUAGAAAGGAUAUUACUUCUUCCCUACAUAAUUAUGGAGUAUAUAAAGACCAUCAAAGCACCUCUCGAAUUGAAAAUUUCUCACUGAGCGGCUUUGGUAUUCAGCUAAUGAUCUCAAAUCGGAUUCAAAUAAGUAUUCUGAGCGACACCACCAACUUAAAUAGAGUCUUGGAUUACUUAUUUCCUUAUAAUAUGGCUCCGUAUAUGCCUGCGGAAGGCGUACAUCACAAAAUAACGUGUCUGGAAGGCGGAGAUUCAAACGAGAACAUUUACAAUAUCUUGCUGACUAUGGCGGACCACGUGGCCAAUAGGUUCUUGCAGCAGUACUAUUCGCAAGUAUUGGGACUUCAGGUGCUGGUAAACAGUUUCGAUAGACAGGCAAACGUAAAGCUUCCCACUUUAGAUCCGCCAUAUACAGCAUCCAUAAUUUUCUACGCAUGUCAAUGUCUCCUAGGCCACGUGUCGAUGUCGCCAGCCGCAAUAGAAACUUGCAUCUUAGACGUUUUUCCGAACUUAAAUCUGGAAAACUGCGUGUUUGGUAAAAAUAGCAUCAGAAAAAGAGGGAGCGAAGCUGCGAGCGAUAAAGAGGACUGCGUGCUACCAAAAAUUGUCGCUCAAAGUGCUAAACAUUUUGAGCUGGCGGUACCGCUUGCAUUGGAGCAGUUGUUUGUCAAAAAUUACGGUGGAAAUAUACAAUGUGACGGAGAAAUGUUCUUUAAAACAUCCGGAAAGGCCCUUUUGUCCCUGAUUACAAGGCAUCCUGAUGAAAAAUCCGAUUGCGUUGAGUUGGCGCGAGAGGCUCUGCGGAGAGCAUUGAUUUUAGGAGAGCCAAUCAAAAUCCACCAGAGGGUUACCAGAUACAAAAAUGUCCUGGGUCUCACACCGUUUUCCCCAUGGGAAUCCAUGGGCCAAUACUUGUUAGAAACAAUAGGAAACUGUCGUCUAUCAAACGACAGAUAUUGGGCACACGCCGCAAUAGAUAGGAGCGGCAAACAUAUUAUUUUGGUGUCACUUGAGCACGUUUUGAGAGCAAAUAAAACGACACUAUGGGGUUCCUGGGAAAUCGAAUGGAUGGUAGAUUUGGACGAUAUUAAUUCUUUACCAAUAAUUAACUGUGUGGAGCUUAUUUUGAAUAUGAGACAGACCGAAAAUUCCCAAGAUGACCAUCAAGUUAAAAUAACCGGACCAAAGGAAGUUUUGGUGUGGCUUCACGAGAAGAUCGAGCAAGCUAUUAUUUUAAGCAUGGAAGACAAAUCGUGGGCUCUUCCCGAUCCCGAAUAAACCAUUUUAUUUGUAAAAUGUUUCAUAGUAUAAAAAAUAUAUAGACAGAAUAAAGAACGCCCUAUUUUAGGAUAUUGUUGUUGCAA